UUUCAUGUGCAAGGGAAGAGAUGACCAGGGAAAAACCAUGCAGGAAAAGUUACUUGUGUUUGCCAUGGAAGAGGUUAACUUCUAUCCGCAGGUCAGAUGUGAGACGAUGGUGGUUAAGAAGAAUCCCUAUACUGGAGUGGGCUCCCAAGUAUAAACUACGGGAAUACGUCUUUCCAGACCUUAUUUCGGGGAUGAUGCUGGCUGUCCAGCAGGUAGCACAAGGUCUUGCCUUUGCAGUCAUGUCAUCUGUUCACCCUAUCUUUGGAUUGUAUGGCUCUUUCUUUGCCCCCUUGAUAUACGCCAUUUUUGGGACAGGUCGUCAUGUUAUAACAGGGACUUUCGCUAUCACAUCGCUGAUCUCUUGUGCAGCCGUUGAGCGGCUUGUUCCACUGAACAGCAGCAAUGUGACUAACACCUCAUUGGGGGACCUGGGGUUAUCUGACUUUGAAAUGAAAAGAAUAGGAGUUGCUGCAGCGGUGACAUUUCUCGGCGGUAUCAUCCAAAUGUCUUUGUUUUUGUUAAAUUUGGGCUGUGCAACCAUCCUGUUAUCAGAACCCGUAGUUAGUGCAAUGACAACGGGCGCAGCCACUCAUGUGGUGACAUCACAAGUAAAGUUCCUGCUAGGGAUGAAGAUGCCUUAUAUAUCGGGACCUUUAGGAAUGUUUAAUAUUUAUAUCUAUGUAUUUAAAAACAUCAGUCAGGUUCAUAUAGGAGCUUUGAUCUUCUCUAUCCUCUCCCUUGUGGUGCUGAUUCUGACCAAAGAGCUUAAUGAAAAGUUCAAGAGUAAAAUCAGAUUUAUAAUCCCCAUUGACCUGACACUGAUUAUCUCAUCCUCUCUUGCCUGUUAUUUUGCUGAUAUGCCUAAAACGCAUGAACUUGAUGUUGUCGGACAUAUUCCAAAAGGAAUCCCCCUCCCGCAGGCACCACCAAUGGAUACCCUCCAGCAUGUUGUUGUGGAAGCAUUUGGGGUGGCCUUGGUUGGAUAUGCUGUAUCUAUAUUUCUUGCUUACAACUCAUCCAAGAAGUUUAAAUACCCUGUUUGUGAAAAUCAGGAACUCUUUGCUCAUGGUCUCAGCAAUAUCAUUCCAUCAUUUUUCUUUUGCAUUCCAAAUUCAGGAGCCCCAGUCCGUACUUUUCUAUUAUAUGGCACUGGAUCGAAAACCCAGGUGGCCAGUUUGAUAUCAUGCGGGAUGGUCCUGUUUGUCAUCUACAUUGUAGCACCACUCUUAUAUUGGCUGCCUAUGUGUGUCCUGGCUUCUAUAAUUGUUGUGGGACUAAAAGGAAUGCUCAUACAGUUUAAAGAUCUGAAAAAAUAUUGGAAUGUGGAUAAAUUUGAUUGGGGGAUCUGGAUUUGCACCUAUCUGGUUACAAUCUGCUUUGCUGCGAAUAUUGGUCUCUUAUUUGGUGUUGUAUUUAGCAUAGCAGUUGGGACGCUUAGAUUGACAAGAGCGAAGGUGCUGCAUGUAGUAUAUAUGCAUGAAGAAUAUAGUGCAGUGACCAAAGAUGAGUAUCCAGAACUAAAAAUUGUCUCUGUUGGCGCACCACUUUUUUUUCUCAAUGCCAAAAGAUUCCGUAUGGACAUCGUGGAGAUGAACUGUACAUUUGUAAGAAGAGGAGACUGUACGGAUAAAGCUGAAGCUUUACUGAUGACAAUGCCCAAAAGAGUCUACGAAGGAGGAAAAUGCCAGCGUGAUAGAAGUGACAAGACCUUGCUCCUGGACUGCAGUGCAAUUCCGUUUCUAGAUUAUACAGGAGUCUCUGCCCUCAUUCAGAUUUCCCAAAUUCUAAGAGAAUCUGACACUGAUAUGUUAUUCUCAGGCUGCAAUGCGUCACUAGUAAAGGCUCUGAUGUACUGCGGCUCAGACUGCGGCCUAAAGCGCGAGCAUUUCUUCAUAACCAUAAAAGCAGCACUUGAUGCCUUAAAGUGCACUGGAUCCAGUCUGAAAGGGCUGGACGCAUCUGAUGCAUAGAAGCAGAGCGGGAAAAGAAACCAUUAUUUAUUGUGUUGGACAGCUGAUUGGAUGUGAAGACCUCAGGCUUUAAUCACUUCUUUUCCUCUGACAUUAUUAUACAAAGUGACUUUCAAGUAGAAGACAGAAGAUCGGCCAACAUUUUCUGACACUGGACUUUGUGAUAUCCUCACAGGAAGUCACAUCUUUAGAUAACCUUGAAUGGGAGGAAUUUAUAAUUGUAUGUAUUUGUGCUCUAAAUUGGUCGCAGUUACUUUUUCAUGUAGACUAUUUUCUGAGGGUUGUGUAGGUAUGUUAAAAUCUAAUUGUUUUGCUGCAGUGGUUAUGAAUUUAUCAUGUGCGACAUUUGAUGAAAAGUUGCAGAAAAAGUCGCAAAGCCCUCAAUUUGUUGAAAUCCGACACCAGCCUUGACCUGGCUCACAAAACUGACUGUAGACAGCAUUUGUAAAAAGUCACACAAAUUGUCUCAACGGGUUAGAAAGUCGCAAAGGAGGAACCAUACAAAGUGUUGUACUAAAGUGUAAUUUCCAAAAAACGUGUACUUGCCCCAUAUUUAUCACAUGCCAUGCAACUACUAAAUAAAUUUGGCGCAAAUACACAUUACCAACACAUAAAGGUUGUCAUACUUUUUGUAGGCCCCAAAAAUGAAUCACUAUGUUCAAUAUGUUUAAUAGCAUGAUGUCGGCCAUUUUGUGUAUAAUCUAAGUAGGCCACAAUUCUGAAGUUUCAUCUCUACAAAAAGUGCCAGCCUGAGUAGAAUACUUAGUUGUCUCUUUAGAUAUUUAUUGCUAUUUAGAUAAGGGGGCUGGUUACAUUCUCUAGACAUUCACACAUCUGUGUUAGAGAAUCAUCCAUUGUAUUAUUAUCUUUCCAAUAAAUUUGGAUGUCUAGUUGGUGACUCUAUGUCUAUAACAAUCCAGGUUUUGAUUACUUUUAUGUGUCACAGAUUUUAAUGGGGUACUCCCGUGGAAAUUUU